AUGGCCACCAAAGUCAACUUCCAGACCACGUUCGAAGCGGCCAGGACCAUCGAGCCGAUUUAUACUGGCGGCGAUGUAUCUCACAAUUCCGCCGGGACGCUGAUUGCGACAUGUAUCGAAGAAUAUGUCUUGAUUGUCGGCGUGCGCACUGGCAAAGUCCUGUGUCGAAUAGAAGGAGAUGGAGAACCAGUGACAAGCUUGUGUCUGGCUCCCAACGCGGCGCACUUGGUUAUUUGUUCCCGAUCCCUUUCUCUCCGAAUAUAUGCCCUCGCUUCCGGAGAAGAAUCUGACACUUUGAUUCCUCAUCUCUCCCGCACUCUCAAACCACACACUGCCCCUGUCGUGUCUUCUGCGAUUGAUGCAACAGGAUCACUUCUCGCAAGUGGAGGUGCGGACGGAGUUGUCAAAGUGUGGGACGUAAGAGGAGGUUAUGCCUCCCACACCUUCCAUGGCCAUGGAGGUGUCGUUUCUGCAUUGCAUUUCUUUGAGUUAAAAUCGAGCGAUUCAUCUACACAAAAUGGCAUAACGCCAAACCGAAAAAGAAAGAGCCGCGAUGGAGAGCGAAUGGAUGUUGAUGGCCCGUCUCCCGCCCGGCUCCUCUACCUUGCAUCUGCUGGCGAGGAUGGAAAAAUUCGGAUAUGGAAUUUAGUCAGUCGGAAGUCUGUUGCGAUCCUCGAUUCACAUGUCAGUGUCGUUCGAGUUCUGCAGUAUUCUAAAGACCAAGAUGUUCUCUUAUCAGCCAGCCGGGACAGGACAAUGAUACUCUGGGAGUCCCAAACGUGGACACAGCACAAAGUCAUACCGGCACUUGAAGUUAUAGAGACAGCAGGUUUCCUUCUGGGUGGCCUAUUCUUUUACAGUGGAGGAGAGAACGGGGUCCUGAGAGUGUGGAGGACCGUCACCGGGCGUGAAGUCACGCCCAAGCCGAAACCCGGCCUCGAGAAUGACACCAUCACAGCCAGUGUACAAAUCGUCGAAGAUGAUGCACUUCUCUCCAUACAUCAAGAUCACACCAUGAGAUUGCACAAUAUCUCCCCGCUUCGAAGGCUCCAAGAAGCUGAAUUGCUCGGUGUCCUCCCUAUGAUCAGAACGAUUUCGGGAAACUAUGAUGAAGUGAUCGAUAUGGCUUGUGUCGGACAGGGUCGAACAUUACUAGCCCUUGCCACCAACACGGAGAGCAUCAAAUUGAUUUCAAUUGCAGAGAACGACACCGAGACUACGGAAUCCUCCAGUGCCAGGACUUUCGGCAACGAUGUAGCUCUCCUUGAAGGGCAUGAAGACAUUAUCAUAUGUCUAGACGUAGACUGGUCAGGCUUCUGGCUGGCCACCGGUGCAAAGGACAACACGGCGAGACUAUGGCGGUUGGAUCCUACUUCUUCAUCAUAUUCUUGUUUCUCCACUUUCGCCGGACAUGCAGGAUCCCUCGGGGCUAUCGCCUUACCGAGAAGUCCGCCCCUUGAUGGAGCCGCUUCCAGGAACCCUGCGGACCAUCCUCCAGCAUUUCUGCUCACGGGGUCUCAAGAUAAAACCAUAAAGCGGUGGGAUACUGCAAAGCUACAAUACUCUCCGUCAGCGACGGAGCCGCAUUCUGGAGUCAAAGCCUUGUUCACAAGAGUGGCGCAUGAGAAAGACAUCAAUGCGAUCGACGUCUCGCCAGUCGCCCCAUUAUUUGCCUCUGCGUCUCAAGAUCGGACUAUCAAGAUCUGGUCGUUAGAAGACGGAUCUGUGGCCAGUAUCCUUCGCGGGCAUAGGCGUGGAGUAUGGUCCAUCCGAUUUUCUCCAGCCGGCACCCCUCCGCUCGCUCUCGCAGACGGAGGUUCAAGUGGCCCUCGUGGACUCCUCGUGAGCGGAUCUGGUGAUCGCACGAUCAAAGUCUGGUCACUGUCGACAUAUACGUGUCUUCACACUUUCGAAGGCCACAGCAAUUCCGUGCUCAAAGUCAUCUGGAUUCCACCGACGAGUUCCUCCUCAGAUUCAGAAUCUUCUUCAGACCCCCGACAACAACCUCGACCUAAUAAUCAACCUCUGAUCGCAUCUGCCUCGUCAGAUUCCCUGGUCAAGCUCUGGUCUCCAUACUCAUCCCUAGAUUCCGACCAUCUUCUCGCCACCCUCGACAACCAUACUGACCGAGUCUGGGCACUGACAGCACCCAACUCCUAUCUCACAAAUACAUCCACAUCCACAUCCCCACGUCCGGCACCAUCCUAUCCCUACCCCUUGAUUUCCGGCGCCGCAGACGCAACCGUAACAUUCUGGCGCGACACGACGAUCCAAACCGCAACCCUCGCCUCGAAACGCGCAACCGAGCGCAUCGAACAAGACCAACAACUUCAAAACCACAUUUUUGCCAGAAACUACCGCGAAGCCAUCACAUUGUCCUUAGUACUAAACCACCCAGGCCGCCUACUCGGGGUCUUCGAAGACUUGGUCAACCUGCCCGACGCCGAGAAAGACAGCUCCAGCAUCAUGGGGGUCAGGGCCGUCGACGAGGUCCUCGCAUCGCUUGAUCACCAGCAGAUCUUCACCCUCUUGGAGCGAGUGCGUGAUUGGAACACCAACGCACGCACCGCGCCCGUAGCACAAACAGUGCUGAAUUGCUUGUUGAAAAGCUAUCCGGCGAGCAUUUUCGUGGAUAUGGCGAGAGAGCGGGGCUUAGGAGGCACGUCUGGUGACAAAAGCAACAGCAAGGGGAGAGGGGGGAUGAAGGAGUUGCUGCGUGCUUUAGAGGUGUAUACUGAGCGGCAUUACAAGAGGAUGGAGGAUCUAGUGGACGAGAGUUACUUGAUUGAGUACACGUUGAGAGAGAUGGAUGAGGUUGCUGGAGUGUCGGCGACGGGAGGAAUCGGUGGGCUCUUCUUGCCGAAUGGAAUUGGGAAUGCCGGUGCCAAUGGCGGUGCAAAGGGGUUGGAUGAAGAUAUCGUCAUGGUUUGA